CCGUCCGUAGCUGAGCAUGAAAACAAAAAGAAGGCAUUGUGGCCAGGCGAGGUGCAGCGCGUCGUGUGCGAGUUUCGGAAAGGUGCGGGCGUCACGGUGAAUAACGGCGAGAAGCGAACGCAUUUGUGUGCAAUCCGCGAAAGCAAAGACAGCGAUCGCCUGGCGAAGUGGCCCCCCCGACGAGAUGGGCCAUCGGGCGAUGUCGCCGCGUGCCGACGCCACACAAACUCCGACGAGGAGGGGCCAGUGAUGCACUGCUGGCCAGGUUGCUGUGCGCUGGAUCCCCCGACGCGGUCCUCGUGCCAGGCGCUGCGUCAUGCGGUGGCCACCCUCACGCGGCUGGAUGACUUCACCUCGGAGAAGAUUGGCUCGGGCUUCUUCUCCGAGGUGUACAAGGUGACGCACCGCACCACGGGCCAGGUGUGCGUGCUCAAGAUGAACACGUCGAGCAGCAACCGGCCCAACAUGCUGCGCGAGGUGCAGCUGCUCAACCGGCUGUCGCACCGCAACAUCCUGCGCUUCCUGGGCGUCUGCGUGCACCAGGGGCAGCUGCAUGCCCUCACUGAGUACAUCAACGGGGGAAGCCUCGAGCAGCUCAUACAGCGCAGGUCGGAGCCGCUGUCGUGGGAGCUGCGGAUGCGGCUGGCGCUGGACAUAGCACGAGGCAUGGCAUACCUGCACUCGCGGGGCGUCUUCCACCGGGACCUGACCUCCAAGAACGUGCUCAUCAAGCGCCAGCAGGAGGAAGAGGCUGCUCCGCCCACGCUGACGGCCGUGGUGGGGGACCUGGGGCUGGCCGAGCGCAUCCCAGUGUCGGGCUGCCGUGACUUCCGACUACCCGUGGUUGGUUCCCCCUACUGGAUGGCACCCGAGUGCCUGCAUGGCUCCUGGUAUGACCAGCGUGCGGAUGUCUUCUCGUACGGCAUCAUCCUGUGCGAGCUGAUUGUGCGGCUGGAGGCCGAUCCCGACGUGCUUCCCCGGACGGCCGACUUUGGCGUCGACCGGCUGGCCCUGCGCAGGCUCUGUCCGGAUGACUGCCCGCCUGCAUUCCUGCGGCUGGCACUGGCCUGCUGCCAGGUGGAGCCCUCGGUACGGCCCACGUUCCAGGGCAUCGUGGAGCAGCUGGAGGCCAUGCUGUCUGGGGACGUGGUGGACGCCGACUCGCCCACCUCGGACGCCACCGACGACAGCAUCGGGAGCGUCCAGGCCAUCUUUGGGCCCGAGCAGGCGUGCUGCAGUACGGCCAACCCGUUUGCACACCGGUUCAAAGAUGGCCGCAAGAUCCUCGAGGAGAACUCUAGUCAGCAGUGACAAGACCCACUGUGCUGUGGGAGCACACCGUCCAGCCCAGGACUAUUUAUUACGGACUGCAUCAUCCAGUGACUGUGGCUACAGGGAAGCGUACAAAAAAAAUAUGGACACAUGCAUAGUGUGCUGCAACACUCACACACAAAAAUUGCGUCUGCAGUCGUGUUUUCUCGAAGAAGGAGUGCGCACGACCCAAUCAUUGUUUGGAUUGCUCUUGUUGGUGAAUGUUUUCCGUUUUCCUGUUUUCAUUCGUGGCUCACAGGUCGUUUCUUUCUUGGCAUCGUCUAGGACGUGCCUCCCUCACCGUUUCUGUCUUUUUGUGCCAUGGGUUGUACGAUGCCACGUGGUAUAAAACGCCAUCUGGUACACUCGCUGCUUCCCUUUCUUCCCGCACUGAUUACUGGCAUGCCAGUCUAGGGUUCAUGGUUCUCAUUACUGGGACCAUUGGAAUGGGCUGCUGAUCCAUCAAAUGUUCAGCGAGGAUUUCCAAAAGAAGCAGUUGGUCCUGUGUGUCCACGCAGCACUUCAAGUGUUCUCUGCGAAGUAGGCAGCUGAGCCCACCAACUAGGUUAAGUUACAGCCUUGCUAGUUACCCGACUGUCUUGCUAACACUGGGCCUGCUCAUCUCUGCAUGAAGUGUCUGUGAUGAUUCUUAUUUGCAAAAAUGUUUGUCAACUUCAGAAGCAAGCGGGAUAGAAAAGUGUGGAUGUGAUCUUGGCAGCUGCAAAACAGGUAUAAAUCUAUCUCACAGGGACUUGGUAAAUUAUCCUCUGUGUAUUUCCUGCCGUGCAUUUUAAAGUCUUGUGUAUUAAUAUGAAUUACAGUUUGUCUUUUUUUUUUUGUAUGCAUAUAUUGCACUAAAGCUUUCUUUCUGACAACA